AUGGCCGGCACCAACAUCCUCCUAAGCCACCUCCUGCCCGGCAACGCCGUCGAGCUGGGGCGGCUCGUCCUCAGCGUGCACUACCCAGAACAAGACUUCUACCAAUCCCCACCCGAUUCCACAGCCCUCGACCCCACCAACAUCCUCACCCAACACCUCCACGACUUCCAGCAAACCCUCGAACAAACCGCCUCCACCGGCUUCAAAGCCUACCUCUCGACCCUCCUCUCCGGCGGCCGCAGCACGUCGACCGGCACGAAGAUCAGCCUCGCGACGGCGUCCUGCACGACGCGGCAGCUGCUCAACUCCUCCGCGCACCUCGACCGCCUCUGCGCGACGCGCCCGGCCCGCUUCUGGCUCGAGCGCGCCCUGCGCCGCGCGCAGGACGUCUUCCUCGUCACCGGCAUCAAGACCGUCGUCGACGCGGCUGUGACGGACGAGGCGUCGCGCGGCGCCGAAUUGCAGGGCAAGGUGCAGGCGCCGCUGAGCAUGGCGGCGGCGGGCGCGGGCGUGCCGCUGCCGAUCGACGGCAUGCUGGAUGUCGGUGUUGAGGCGAGUCGCGCGCGGACGGAGGCGAAUAGCGCGAGCUUCACCGCGCCGGGGGAGCAGAUUUUCGCGGUGCAGUAUCGGAAGCUGCGGUUUGCGAGGUUUAAGAGGAAGGAAGUGGAUGAUGCGAGGUUGGAGGAGGGGAAUAGGUGGAAGAUGUAUCUGGGUGGGAGGGGCGAGGAGGAGGAGGAGGAGCAGAUUGUUGGCGUGGAGGUGGGGGAGGAGUUGGAGGAGGGUGACCUUGGUCGUGCGCAGUAUGAGGACGUUGAGGUAGGCGGUGAGAAGUUUAUGUACCCGAGUGCGUGA